CAGCCACCCCGUCCCUGUCCCCUGACGCUGUCCCCGUGUCCCCGUGUCCCCAGGCUCGCCGCUCCCGGCCGCGCCGAGGGCUCUGCUAUGAUCUGGCGGUGUCGGGAGCAGCAUGGGCAGCGUCAGCAGCCUCAUCUCCGGCCACAGCUUCCACUCCAAGCACUGCCGCGCCUCSCAGCACAAACUGCGCAAACCCUCGCACCUCAAAAAACUCAACCGCUACUCGGACGGGCUGCUCCGCUUCGGCUUCUCGCAGGACUCCGGCCACAAGUCCGGCUCCAAGAGCAGCAAGAAUGAGGAUUUUUUUUACAUCAAGGUCAGCCAGAAGCCGCACGGUCCCCACCGGCCGGACUACACGGCGCUGGCCGGAGGAGAGCUGGGCGUGCCCGCCGGGACCAGCGGGCUGGACUUCGGGACGCCCACGCCGCAGAAGUUGAUGCCGUUCCCGAGCCAGCUGGAGGUGGCCGGGGAGAAGCCGCUCCCCCGUCCCACCGCCUUCAAACCGGUGCUGCCGCGCUCCGGGGCUCUCCUGCGCUCAUCCCCCGAGGCCCCUCCGCUGCACCCUCCGGACAAAGGCAAGGAGCAGGAGCUGCGGCCGCUGCCGUGCUCGGGGGGUCUGUCCGACUCCGGCCGUAACUCCAUGUCCAGCCUGCCCACGCACAGCACCAGCAGCAGCUACCAACUGGAGCCGCUGGUGACACCCAUGGGCCCCAUCAGCCGCUUCGGCGGCUCUGCCCACAACAUCCUGCAGUGCGCCGUCAUCCAGGACAGCAACAUGAUGAGCCUCAAGGCCAUGUCCUUCUCGGACGGCGGCAACAAGAUCCUAAACCCGGGCAAAGCCGCCCAAAAAGCCGCCUGCGUGCGCUCGCCGCUGGCCACCGACGAUUCCACCAUCCAGGAGCUGGAGCAGAAGCUGCUGGAGAGGGAAGGGGAGCUGCAGGAGCUGCAGUCGAGCUUCGAGGAGAAGGAAAUCAGCUCCUGCCAGGCGUACGAGGAGAAGCAGCGGCGCUGCAAGGAGGAGCUGGAGGGGCUGAAGCAGAAAUGCAACAGCAAACUGAAGCAGACGUCGCAGAAAACGCAGCGGACGCAGCAGGUGCUGCACCUGCAGGUUUUYCAGCUGCAGCAGGAGAAGCAGCAGCUCCGUGAAGAGCUGGAGAAACUGGUGAAGGAGCAGAACSUGCUGGAGACCAAGCUGAGGUCCUACGAGAAGGAGAAGACCAGCUUUGCACCGGCGCUGGAGGAGACGCAGUGGGAGGUGUGCCAGAAAUCCGGGGAGAUCUCCCUGCUGAAGCAGCAGCUGAAGGAGGCUCAGACCGAGCUCACCAGCAAAACCACGGAGAUCCUGAGCCUGAAAGCUCAGCUCAAGGAGGUGCGGCUCAAGAUGGAAGGGCUGGAGAUGAAGACCCAGGAGCUGGAGGCGUCGCUGCGCACCAAGGCCAUGGAGCUGGAGGUGUGCGAGAACGAGCUGCAGCGCAAGAAGAACGAGUCGGAGCUGCUGCGGGAGAAGGUGAACCUGCUGGAGCAGGAGAUCGYGGAGCUCCGCGAGAGGGUCAGCGAGGGGCCGGGGCUGGGUGGGGACGAUGCCCAAGCGCUGCAGGGGCAGCUGGAGMGGCUGCGGGCGGAGCUCAAAGCCGAGCGCGACAACAACGAGCAGAUGAGCAGCGGAUUCCAGCASGAGCGGCAGACGUGGCGCGAGGAGAAGGAGAAGGUGAUCCACUACCAGAAGCAGCUGCAGCAGAGCUACCUGCACAUGUACAAGAGGAACCAGAGCCUGGAGAAGAUGCUGCAGCAGCUGGCGGCCGGGGAGGACGGCAAGGAGCCCAUCGAGCUGGACAUCCCCGGCACCGACGUCCCCUACGAGGACAUCAUCGCCACUGAGAUCUGAGCUGGCCCCUCGUUGUGUCCCCCAGGGAGGGGUUCGGUCCCUGUGCUGCCCAGCUGAGCCGUGUCCCCCUGUCCCCUCCUCCACUGUCCCCUCCUGGUGACCCAAGGAGGAGCUCAGUCCCCGUGUGGCCCAGCUGAGCCGUGUCCCCUCUGCCACUGUCCCCUCCUCGCGUCCCCAGGAGGAGCUCAGCAGCUGAGCUGUGUCCCCCCUGUCCCCUCCUCCACUGUCCUCUCCUGGUGGCCCAGCUCAGCCAUGUCCCCCUCUCCACUCCUAGUGGCCCAAGGAGGAGCUCAGCCCCCUGCGUGGCCCAGCUGAGCUGUGUCCCCCUGUCCCCUCUGCCACUGUCCCCUCCUCACGGCCCAGGGACGAGCUGUGUCCCCCCUGUCCCCUCCUCAUGGCCCAGUUGAGCCAUGUCCCCCCUGUCCCCUCUGCCACUGUCCCCUCUUGGUGGCCCAGCUCAGCCAUGUCCUCCUGUCCACUCCUGGUGGCCCAAGGAGGAGCUCGGUCCCCAUGUGGCCCGGCUGAGCCGUGUGCCCCCUGUCCCCUCCUGGUGGCCCAGCUGAGCCCUGUCCCCACUGUCCCCUCUGCCACUGUCCCCUCCUCACGGCCCAGGGAGGAGCUUGGCCCCCUGAGUGGUGCAGCUGAGCUAUGUCACCCCUGUCCCCUCUGCCACUGUCCCCUCUUGGUGGCCCAGCUCAGCCAUGUCCCCCUGUCCCCUGCUGGUGGCCCAAGGAGGAGCUCCGUCCCCGUGUGGCCCAGCUGAGCCGUGUCCCCUCUGUGCCCUCCUCAUGUCCCCAGGAGGAGCUCAGCCCCCUGCACAGCCCAGCUCAGCCAUGUCCCCCCUGUCCCCUCCUCCACUGUCCCCUCCUGGUGACCCAGCUGAGCCGUGUCCCCCUGUCC